ACGAGAUACACACAAACGCAGCACACAACAACCCCAAGUGAGAAUUCAUUCAUCAUGGGCUUCAUGCUGUCAAGCUAGCUGUUGUAUUUACGCGGGGCGUGUAAAAUAAAUAAUAAGUGGACAGUAAUGCCAUUUGUAGAGCAUCGCCAGUAUCUGUAAAGCCGCAAUAUCUGCGGCUGUAUGAUUUCUAAGUUGAGCGACACUUUCCUGCGUGUUGUACUGGGAACUCACGUCUCGUGUUAUGGGAGAGACACGGAGGUCAGACGAACAGUGGACUGUCAACAAUAAUGUCCGAGUAAAUCGAGACUGCUGCUGCUGCUGCUUGGCCAGCUGUAUGUUAAUCUUCUAGCACUGAUCAGCGUAAAAUUGAAUCAUGCCUGGGAAACUGAAGGCCAAAAUUGUGGCAGGGCGCCACUUGCCUGUGAUGGACAGAGCCAGUGACCUUACUGAUGCUUUCGUAGAGGUCAAGUUUGGAAAUACAACCUUCAAAACGGAUGUCUGUCCCAAAUCCCUCAAUCCACAAUGGAACUCGGAGUGGUUCAAAUUUGAGGUCGAUGAUGAGGACCUGCAGGAUGAGCCGUUGCAGAUCACAGUAUUGGACCACGACACUUACAGUGCUAAUGAUGCCAUAGGGAAAGUUUACAUUGACAUUGAUCCGCUGCUUUACAGUGAGGCUGCUUCUGUCAUCUCUGGCUGGUUUCCCAUCUAUGAUACCAUCCAUGGAAUUCGAGGGGAAAUAAACGUCAUUGUUAAAGUGGAGCUCUUCAACGAUUUGAACCGUUUCAGACAGUCUUCAUGCGGGGUCAAGUUUUUCUGCACCACAUGUAUUCCACAGUGCUACAGGGCAACUUUGGUGCACGGCUUUGUUGAGGAACUUGUGGUAAAUGAAGAUCCAGAGUACCAGUGGAUUGACCGUAUCAGAACUCCCAGGGCCUCCAAUGAAGCGCGACAGAGGCUCAUCUCUCUCAUGUCUGGAGAACUACAGAGAAAAAUAGGACUUAAAGUGCUGGAGAUGGGUGGGAAUGCAGUAGUGGGCUACUUGCAGUGUUUCGACCUGGAAGGAGAGUCGGGCCUGGUGGUCCGGGCCAUAGGUACCGCCUGCACGCUGGACAAACUCAGCUCUGGAAGUGCCCCUAACACCAACACACACAUGCACCCAAACACAGCUCCUGCUUCCAAUGCCUGCAAUUCCCCCUCUAAAGAUGGAAAGGAGCCGGUAUUUGUUGAGGAUCUGCCCUCGUCCUCCGGCCCGCCAACCCCUUUCAGAGCCCUUCCCACCUCCUCCUCCUCUCCUCCCCCCUUCUCUCCCUCCAAGCCAUGCAGCCGCCAGUCCUCAUCAUCAGACACAGACCUCAGUUUGACGCCCAAGACGGGAAUGGGCAGUGGAGGCAGCGCCGGGAAGGAGGCGGGACCUCUGAGGACCCUCCUCAGACAACAGACACAGACAGCUCUUGAGCAGCGGGGAGCGUCUUCCUCUGGGUUAUUGUUAAACGCCAGGGAGUUCCCCUUCUUCACCUUGACGUCGUUCCCGCCUGGGUUUCUGCUUCAUGUUGGUGGAGUGGUCAGCGCUCGAUCUGUCAAAUUACUGGAUCGGAUACACAACCCCGCCUUGGGUAACACGCGCUCAUACAAACUGCUAGACUGGAAUAGUGUCACUGCAGAUGAGCCGGAGACUCGCGAUGCCUGGUGGGAGGAGAUUCGCCAGGAGAUCAAAUCUCAUGCCAGAGCUCUCGGUUGCCAUGCGGUUGUAGGGUACAGUGAGAGCACAAGCAUCUGCGAGGAGGUGUGUAUUCUGUCCGCAUCUGGCACAGCAGCCAUCUUGAAUCCUCGGUACAUGCGUGAAGGCUGCCUGGACAUCGGUUGCACCGACCACAGGUUUGAGGAUCCAUCGCCACCGAGCUGUGGCUUCUGUCACAUCCCGUACGAUGAGCUCAACAUGCCCUUUCCUGCACAGCUCACCUAUUGUUACCACUGUAGACGACAAAAGGUUCCUGAUGUGCUCUUCACAACAAUUGACCUGCCAUCAGAAGCAGCUGUUGCAGGAAAAGGCUGCCUUAUCCAGGCCAGGCUGUGUCGUCUAAAGAAGAAAGCCCAGGGAGAAACGAAUGCAACGGCCAUCUCUAACCUGCUGCCUUUCAUGGAAUAUGAGCUACACACUCAGCUGAUGAACAAGCUGAAACUGCGGAGCAUGAACGCGCUGUUUGGCCUGCACAUACAGAUCAGUGUUGGCGAGAACAUGCUCCUGGGUCUGGCUUCUGCUACAGGUGUGUACCUGACAGCUCUACCUGCUCCAGGGGGUAUCCAGAUAGCAGGGAAGACUCCAGGAGACUUGAGCAACGAGCAUAUAUCAUCCAUUCAGAAAAGGAUUAAUGACACCAUAGCUGUGAACAAAGAGCUCUAUCAAAUAAAUCCUCCGAAAUUAUUUGCCCUGGACCCUGAGGUGUUCUGCGGCAUAAACAUGGAGCUUGCAGAGGAAGGGGUGGGCUCUCCAAUCCCUGAGCCAAGGCAUCGAUCCAGACUUUUUCGCUCCCACUCGGAAAGCUCAGACGAACUAUCAGAACUGGAUCUGUCCCACGGCAAAAAGGAUGCCUUCGUCCUGGAGAUUGAUGACACCGAUGCCGUGGAGGAUAUCCACUCCCUCCUGAUCGAUGCACCUCCCCCCACAGGUUUCUACAGCUGCAACACUGAAAACAUGCCUGGGAUUUCUAACUGGACUUCAGGAGUACAGAUGUUUACAUCAGUGAGAGUUUUGAGGUUGAGCAAUGCCAAUCUUACUAACCAAGGCUUAAACAAGAUCUUCACUGACCUCUGUGAGAACCUGCUGAAGAGUUUUUACUUCAAGCUGCGCUCUAUGAUCCCCUGCUGUCUUUGUCAUCUCAACUUCACCGUAGCAGUGCCAGAAGAAGAGCUCAUACAGGUCACAGUGACAGCCGUUGCCAUGACCUAUGACAAGGAACAGACUCAGGAGAAGACAGCUGAGAAGCCCGUCAACAAAGGGAGCCUUGAGGCUGAAGAGCAGCUGCAGUUUCCCCUGGAAUUGUGUGCAGACUCGUCCUCUUCCAACAUUCAGACAGCAUCCAAAAUCUCAGGUGUCGCAGAAAGUACCAACAUCUCACCCAGAGCUGCCUCCGUUGAUUACGGUUCCUUUGCAGACAGAUGCAGCACCUGGCUAGAGCUGCUUAGGCUGAAAGCUCACACCAUAAGACGAGGAUCAGUUAAGACAAGUAGGAGGACACAGUCUCUAGCACACUCUGUCUCAUCUUUGGAGCGCUGCAGUCCGCUUCAAGAGGGACGUUCCCGCUCGCUGCGCUCCAGUCGCUCAUUUGGAGGCAGUUCGGUAACGGUGGUGAAGAUGACGCCGCUCUCCUUCCUUCCCGGGAUACGCAUCAUUAAAUACCUUGGCAUUAUCAACAUGUUUUUUAUCAGAGAGACGACAUCAUUACGGGAGGAAGGCGGUGUUAGCGGCUUCCUUCACUCAUUCAUUGCAGAGGUGUUUGCGAUGGUUCGAGCCCAUGUAGCGGCCCUCGGCGGCAAUGCAGUUGUGUCUUACAGCAUGAAAGAAUGUGUGUUCAUGGAAAAUCCAAAUAAAAAUCAGGCUCAGUGUCUCAUAAAUGUAAGCGGUGAUGCGGUUAUCUGCAUCAGCGAAACAGACCAGGAGUCCUCAGCAUCAACGGCAAAUACUGGACAGACCGGUGGCGGUGGAACCGAUGGGGCUACAUGACAAUGACACUUUCCCGGAUUCUGGCUCCAAGAAACACACACUAAGUCAACACACUUUAAGUCUAGCCGUCCAAAUCUGACUGACUUAUGUUUGCCUUAAAACUCUAUAAAAGAUCCAAAGGCUUGGACACAGUGAAUAAAGAACCAUUGCUCAAGCAUGCAAAGCAAUCUGUAUUAAUAUAGGAGUGUGGGAUGUUUCUCUUUGUUUAAAGUGGACAUUUUGCAGGACAUAUUAUGGAAUUUCAAAGUAUUUCAAAACAUUUAAUUUAAAACCAGCCAAACGACUCCUUACACUCAACCUUCAUAUUAAAGCCGUCCAUGCUGGGGUCACUCACAGCCAUGGUAUAUCGGUCAUCCGGUCGGGUAAGAGUAAGGCAGCUAUGACUGAUUUGUCCAUCCACAGAUCACAGAUGUCACUCGAUGACUGAAGUAAAAGGGAUACAAGCUAAUGAUUUUAAAACGCAGUCAAAUUCUUACUCACUUAUUUCAUCCCAUGUGUUGAGCACUGAGUGAACAGAUUAUGCAUCAGGCAAGACAAGUGAUUAAAUUUUAAAUGAGUGGUGCUCUUUCUUAAAAUGUAGAAAAAUUAGUGUGAAGUGGAAGAUUUUGAAGCUAAUUCCAAAGAAUCCAGGCGGACCUGUGAUCCAUUCACUGUUGUCCGGUUUUAAUGUUCUAUGUCUAAACUGGGCUCAUGUUGAAUUUGUUGAGAAUCUUGCUAAUUAGUUUUAAAGUGUUUCUCAGAGGAAGUCCAAAAUUGUUCUGCAAGUGUGGAACGAUGGUGUCACAGCUGUAUUUCUGGGAGGAAUCUCGUGUUACAUGCAUAUAGAUAACACAAGCCAAAAUUACAGGUGUUAUGUGCACAUAUUUUUGUAGAGCAAUAACUCCCUUUAGAAUAGCCAUUACCAUAUAUUCAGUAUAAAGCUAUUUAAAAACUAUUAGAUUAUAUUGCUUUAUCCUAAAUUCAAGUGACAUAGCAGGUAUGCUUUUCAUUCACAUGCAACUGGAGUGAGUGGGGAAAUGGUGAUGGGUGUGAUGUCAGAUGAAUAUUAACAAAACUGAUGAGUGGAUAUAAAGCGGGUCUUUGGGAUGUCGUAGCAGGGAUCUUUAAUUGAAUAUAAAGUCUUUGAGGUUGUUUUGAAGUAUUUAAACCUUGAUCUCUGGGUAUCAAAGCAACUGACGUCCUCCUCUUGACGCAUUUAUCUGUCUGUGUCAAAUUUCACAUACCUUCGCCAAGCUUAAUCGCUGUUUCGUGGGCACUCGUGUUAAUGUUUAGUCUUGCUGCUGAUCUUCUGUGUAUUGUGGCGGGGGGGAAAAGCAGCUACAAGUGUCUGUGCCACCUGAAAACAGACUGUGUAAAUGUUCUUAAAAAAAAAUAAAAAAAAUCAGAUUUCUAGUAUUUUUAUAAGUUAAACAGUCCUACUACUUACUUCAGCUGUGCAAUGAGUUUCAUGAUGUUUUGAGUCACUGUGUCAGAGAAUUAGUGGUACUCUGUUUUGUGUGUGUGAUCAGCUGUUUGUGAUUAGUUUCAUAUGUUUGUGUCUAAAACUUGAAUGUAAAUACUUGGAAGCUUUGGCUUUUUGACUAGCAGCAUGCAGACCCACUUUUUAUUGCCAUGACUCUGUAUGUUUGCCUGAUAAGUCUUGCACAAUAAACCUGAGUCAAAGUGA